UUCUUUGAAAUUUAAGUUAAUAGCAUAACUUAAAAUGUUACUAUAGAAAAUAAGAAACCCUCAAAAUCAAUACUUUCCCAUUUCCAACUAUCCCCCAAUUUCUUAUUUACUUAACUUCCAAUGGAUACCACAAAUAAUCAAUAUAAACUGCUGAAGCCAGUUCCUAAAAAUACCAAAGGCAGCGAGGAGAUCUCUCAGCUUCGUAAACUAAUUGUUGAGGUGAUGAAGCCAAAACUAGCUCAACUUCGACAGAUUCUAGGGGCCCGCAUAAUAUCGGCCACGCGAGAUUAUUACGACGACGAAUCCGAGGACUGGUGGCCAGAUUAUGAGAUAUUCUCCGAAUUUCAUGCCAUUAGCGAUAUGAAUGGCUUCCUGGUCCUAACUCAAAAUGCCUUAAAAGGAUUGCCCGAGGAUCUAAAAUCGAUCCGUAAAAAACUUGACCAUGCCUAUUUAGCAGCAAAACCCAAAAACGUAAAGACUAAAACUAAAAAGUUUUGCCUGGUGGAGGAACUGAUAGAAGACCUCAUUAACUUUGUGACCAACUUUAGUCGCUUCUGCACUAGAAUCCUUGAAGAUCGUCGAAUCCUCCAUGACAUGGCUGCCCAAACUCUGGACACUGCCGAUCGAAUUAAGGUGAAGAUCUUCGAUGAACGCACAUUUGUGCAGUUCCAGACACGAAUCGCAGGUCUAAGGAACUACAUUAGAGAUUUUUGUGCCCUUUUCAAUGUUCCCGUGGAAACGAAGGAGGAAGCCGCUAUUGAACCUCAUACUGAGCUCCACCAGGGACCACUUCGAUUCGGAGCCGUAGAUAAGGCCCAGCGCUAAGCCGGUCCGAUCAGGAAGUCAUCUUCUCGUUUAUUCCCAAGGCAUAGCUUCCAACAUUUCCUUUGUUCCAUAUACCCGGACUCAUGCCACGUUACAGACACAGAUACAUGACUCCGCCGGCGAUGGGGCAGUAAUAAAGAGUGUUCGCCUCCAGUGUAUUGGAGUA